AUGCCGACCCUGUCUACACCUCUCAGCCCCCAGGCCCAACCCGAAGAGGCGAUCAGCGACAUCUCCUCUAACUCGACAAUCGAGCGCCGCGCCGGUCCAACAACUUUCAGCAACAGCAAAGACGGCAUUGACCCAGCCGGGUUCUACCACUCACUCUACAACGACAACAAAGCCUCGGCCAGGUACACUGAGUUCCCUGAUAGCGGCCGGUUUCAGCUCGCAUGGAACACCCCGAACAAGGAAUUUCUAGGUGGCAAAGGAUUCAAGGGUGUCGCACCCCGCUCUAUUACCUGGGAUGGCUCCUUCAGGGCUUCUGGAGACUGGACUCUGGGCAUCUACGGGUGGACUCAAAACCCUGUCACCGAGUGGUACGUUGUCGAAUCUCACGGCGAUGGUGUUCCUGGCAAUGGUCACAUUCUGGGCCAAGUUUACAGUGACGGUGGAGUCUAUGAUGUCUACAGUCUGUCGUACAACAACGUACCUAAGAUCUAUGGGGCAACUAGCUUCAAGCAAUACUGGUCCGUCCGACGUAACCACCGGAGCUCUGGUACCGUCAAUGUCGCUGCCCACUUUGAUGGUUGGAGGAAAUUGGGACUCAAGCCGGGCAAUCCGGUUUUCCAGAUGAUUACUCUUGAAGGGUUCAAAGGAGAAGGCUCUCUCGAUUUUACUGUGCGCAGAUAG